AUGGCUCCUCCGAGUGGAUAUGCAAAAAGAAAAUUAAAACUACAAAGAGAAGAGCAAAAGAAAAAGUUGGCUGGAUCGUUAAAUCGAUUUAUGAUACCAAAGGUGAUCUCAGAUACGAUAACAGCAUCGCCUAUAUAUAAUAAUGGUAAUACUGGUAUUACAAAAAAUGAAGAUAUUGAAUUGAAAACAAUUGAUACAAUUGAUUCCAUUGAAAAAGAAGAUGAAAUGUUUGAAACCAAAAUUGAUGCUAAUGGAAAUACUGCAUUGAGGGGAAAUAAAGGAAAAGCUAACAAUAAUUCUGAAGGCAAUUUUUUACGCACAGUUAAAUUGAUGGCAGAGUUUGAUCCUAUUUUAAAUGUUACAAAAUGUAGAGGACAAGGCUACGACGGAGCCUCAGUUUUGAGCGGUACUAAAUCAGGGCAAACAAUUUAUUCUAAAAAACGAUUUGGUGAAGUUGAUGGUGACAGGAGAUUGGAUAUUACAGAAGAAAAAUUUUAUGUUUCAGUAUUUUUACCAUUAGUUGAUACUGCUUUAUUUCAACUCGAAGAUCGUUUUAAAGGACUUAAAAUAGUAUCAAAUACUUUUAAUUUUUUAUUGCCACCAAAUAUAAUAAAAUUAAAUGAAUCAGAAAUAGUAAAAUCAUGCUAUGAUUUUAUUCAGUUUUACAAAACUGAUGUAACUUCCGAUUUAACUAGUCAAGUUCUAUGUUUAAAGGAAUUUAUAAAAAACACUAAUAUGAAAACAAUUAAAUAAUUAUGUUUAUAUUUAAUAUAAAACGACCUAUCAUCAUUGUAUAGUGAAGUUGUUACAUGUUGUAUUACAUUUUUAAGUUUACUAGUGACUGUUACAUCGGCCGAACGAUCGUUUUCUAAACUUAAACUGAGUAAAAACUAUUUAAGAAACUCGAUAUCUCAAGAUCAACUAACAAACAUAAGUAUUUUAAAUAUAGAAAAAGGUCGCUUUGAAGAACUUGAUGUAGAAAAAUUAAUUGUUGACUUUGCCAAUCAAAAAAGCAGAAAAAAUUUUUUUUUAAAGUAAUGUUGAUAUUAUAAAUAUGUAAUUAUUUUUAUAAUUUUAAAUGUAUUUACUAUUUUGUAUAAUGGUGUA